CUAUGACAGGAAUUCUCUUUAACACUUAGCUUUAAACUGAGUUCCCCUCCAGCCCAGAGCCAGGAGCAGCUCUCAAUCCCGGGUGAGGCACCGAGCACUUGAGCUAUUUCAGCCACAUGCAAAGCAUCGGAAUUGAGAUCGCAGCUCAGAGGACACCAGGCAUCCCUUUCACCUUCUAAGGAGCCUUGUACUCUUGCACCUGGCUGCUUGGGACUCUCCUUAGGCAGUAAACAAAUACACAAAGCAGGGAUAAGACUGCGUGAAUAUGUCGAAACAGCCAGUUUCCAAUGUCAGAGCCAUCCAGGCAAAUAUCAAUAUUCCAAUGGGAGCCUUUCGGCCAGGAGCUGGGCAACCCCCUAGAAGAAAAGAAAGUUCUCCAGAAACAGAGGAGAGUGCUCCUCCCACCUCGGAUGAGGAAAAGAAGCCAAUUCCAGGAGCGAAGAAACUUCCAGGACCUGCAGUCAACCUAUCGGAGAUCCAGAAUAUUAAAAGUGAACUGAAGUAUGUUCCCAAAGCUGAACAGUAGUUGGAAGAAAAAGACAUGAUGUGAAGAAUUGAAGAGUAAGAGAACAGAUUAAAAUGAAAAUAGCUCACUAAAAAUUUUAUAUAUUUGUAUGAAGAUUAUGAACCUCCUGAAUGCCUGAGAUGAGCAGAAAUGUCCUGUUUGUACAUUUAUAUCUCUUCCUUCUAGUUGGCUGCACUUCAUACUUUGUCUUCAUGUUUGGCACCUUGCAGAAUACAUAGUUCAAGAAUCCACCUCCUGAAGGUGUAGUUUUGAGGAAGAAUAUGAUUUUACAGAGAGGGAUAUGGCCAUACGCAUAACAAUGAUUGUGAUUAGAAGAUCUAUAAGCUACUUUCCACACUAUUUUGGUCAUUAUUUGGAAUGUAUUUUAGUUCUUCACCUUCUAUAUUAUGUCAAUAAAGUUUUUAUGAGUUCAAAUAAAUAUGCAAGUAAACGUAAAA